UCGAUUCGAUCAAACGUCAUUUGAAGUUGAACGAAUAUCGUGAAUUCUCGUGCUAAGUCAGUGCUUGGACGGCGUGUUUCUUACUGUGCUCCGAUUUUAUUUAGUGCUCGUGAAUUGUAAACUAGUGCUUCUGGAACUUUCAGAACUAUAAUAGGAAUCUUUACGCUCAGAGAAAUCAAAAGAUAAAAGAUGGUGAAGGAAACAACAUACUACGAUAUCUUGGGGGUUAAACCCAGCUGCACAACAGAUGAACUAAAGAAAGCCUACCGGAAGCUAGCCCUGAAGUAUCACCCUGACAAAAACCCAAAUGAAGGAGAAAGGUUCAAACAAAUUUCACAAGCUUAUGAAGUAUUGUCUAAUCCAGACAAAAGACGCAUUUAUGACCAAGGUGGUGAACAAGCAUUGAAAGAAGGCGGUGUUGGUGCGAGUGGCUUCUCCUCACCGAUGGACUUGUUUGAUAUGUUCUUUGGUGGAGGAUUCAGCGGCGGCCGCCGACGUGGUCGUGAACGAAAGGGCAAAGAUGUCAUUCAUCAAUUGUCUGUUACACUUGAAGAGCUUUACCGUGGUGCUGUAAGGAAGCUUGCCUUACAGAAGAAUGUUAUCUGUGAAAAAUGUGAAGGACGAGGAGGCAAGAAGGGUGCAGUCCAGACUUGCCCCACUUGUCAUGGUACAGGUAUACAAGUGCAGAUUCAGCAGUUGGCACCUGGCAUGAUCCACCAAAUGCAGACUGUGUGUUCCGAGUGCCGUGGACAGAGGGAGAUCAUUGAUCCUAAGGACCGCUGCAAAGUCUGCCAGGGUCGCAAGACUGUUCGUGACCGCAAAAUCCUUGAAGUCCAUGUGGACAAGGGGAUGACUGACGGCCAGAAGAUUGUGUUCAGUGGAGAAGGUGAUCAAGAACCUGAGUUGGAGCCUGGUGAUCUUGUUAUAGUUUUAGAUGAAAAGGAACAUGAAUUAUUCAAACGUUCUGGAAAUGAUCUCAUAAUUCGGUUGAAUAUUGAGCUUGUGGAGGCUCUUUGUGGUUUCCAGAAAGUGAUCCGCACUCUGGAUGAGAGAGAUAUUGUAAUUACUGUUAUGCCUGGUGAGGUGACUAAGCAUGGUGAAGUCAAGUGUGUGUUGAAUGAAGGUAUGCCAAUGUACAAGAAUCCAUUUGAAAAGGGCCAGCUUAUUAUCCAAUUCCUAGUUAACUUCCCCGCCCGCAUUCCACCAGAAGUCAUUCCUGCACUUGAGAAUUGCCUGCCUCCUCGACCAAGGAUCGAAAUUCCCGAAUUGGCUGAAGAGUGUCAGCUGAUUGACUUGGAUCCGGAGCAAGAGACGCGUCGGCGACGUGCGCACCACGGUAACGCGUACGAAGAGGAUGACGAACACCCCGGUAUGAAUAGAGUCCAGUGCGCCACUAGUUAGACGACGCCCAAUACUCGCCAAACAUGCGCCAGCGAUGGACCUCAUCCAAACACAUUACUACUGAUUGAAAUAUUAAUAGCUAUUAUGAGAUUGAUGAACUUACAUAACACCCUCGUAUUGUAUACUGACUUACUUUGUGAUCUUCAUCUCACAUUGUAAUAAUUAUAUCAAUAUUAACUGUAUUAUGUUUUACUUAAAGAUGUACUUUCUGUUAUGCUUAUUCAUUCAUCAUUCUUGUGUAGAAUACAAUUAUGUUUAUUAACAUGAUUAUGUUGAUAGAUAAUUGAUAUCUAAUUAUGCUAUUUAUAUUUCGAUGGUUGUAAAGCAAUAUUAGCUUGUUAAUUAAAUUAUUUAUGUGACUUACUUUUAGUUUUUCUAUUCAUGAUAACAUCACCAGUGAAUUAAUAUUCCCUAGAGAAAUCCUACUCUGGUCAAAGUAUUUGGUAAAAACCUUGAUAGCUACCGAUGCUUGACAUAGUUGGAAUUGUUUGUAGGAUCAUACUGAAACACGCCUUAAGUAUUAAGAUAAGAUGUCACAUUGUAGGUCCAUUGUUUUAGGUCAUUAGUUAUGUUGGUGUAUUAAUUUUAUUGAUAUAAUCCUCACUGUGAUUUUGGUUUGCUAUCAAUUUGUUUUUGACACAGUUUAUUAAUUCUGGAGCUUAAUAUUUUUAUCACCUAUCAAAGCAUCCCAGCGAAUAUUGAUUUCUAUAAUAUACACUUGUUCAGACAUAUUCAGUGCAAGUUCAAAAAUUCCUUUUAUAAUAAGAUUUUGAGACAGUAUCUGGACUAAAAGAAGUCUUCUUAUGUGCAAAAUUGAGGUUUUAGUCUGUGUUAGUUUUUCUUGGAAUAUUAAAAUGUACUUCUGUUCGUUUUGGUUUAUGCUCAUGGCACUGGAAAUGUUCAUAACAUAGCAGUUUCAUUUAUAAUAUUAUAUGUUUUAAAAUAAAAUGCUUUAUUUUAUUUUAGGUAGCAAAUUAUACUGUCUGCUAGUUUAAGGUUUUAAAGGGAACAUUAACUACACUAUGUAGGUCUGUGAUCUGUGGUCAUGAUUUUGUGGUUGAAUGAUAAUGUAUUAUGGCUUGUGCAGAUUUUUUCACAUAAUAGCUGAAUAAAGUUUAGUUAAAAAUAAACUUUUUGUCUCAA